AUGAUAAAAACAUUUGAAUCCGAAACGGGCCAGAUACAAUCAUGCGAUUUAGUUCAACUUUGCGUGCAAGGAAUGACGUCGGAAACUUACUUGUAUGUCAACGCUUAUGCAGUUCCUAUUAUCUGCUCUCCACCGCAAAAUCAAGCUGUCAACUUUGCCGCAAGUACUUAUCAACAUCUCAGUGGGCUGCUUUUAGCAGAUUCGAUUUCAGCUGACGAAAAUGAAAACAACCUGGAGGUCGAUGUUUUGAUUGGAGCCGAUUAUUAUUGGCAUUUUCUAACCGGCGCUAUUAAACGGGGGGAGAGCGGUCCGACAGCUCUGCAAACCAAGGUUGGCUGGGUACUCUCUGGACCUGUUCAAGGGGAAUCUGCAUUAAUCUCAAUGCAAGUCAAUUUCACGAACACUCUCGCACUGCGUCUGGACACUCAUAAUCAAUUCAUGGAUGAAGGUUCCGAAAACCGGGCCUUAGAAAGAAAACUAGCCAAAUUCUGGGAUUUGGAAGCCAUAGGAAUUUCACCGGAAGAAAAAUCAGUGUACGAAAGAUUCAACAAAGAUAUUACAUUCAAGGACGGCCGAUAUGAGGCCAAAAUACCGUGGAAAGAGUGUGACGCAACUCUGCCCGACAAUUACACACUCUGUCAAAGAAGACUUAAGUCUCUCACGUGAAGACUUCAAUCAGAAGAAAUCACGCAGGAGUACGAUGCUGUCAUUCAAGAUCAGCUUGCAAGGGAAUCAUUGAGAAGGUGGAAAGCAGCAAAACAUCUCACCCUGGGCCAGGAAAAACGAAUUAUCUCCCACAUCACCCCGUCAUCAGCAGAGACAAAGAGACAACAAAACUCAGGGUGGUGUACGAUGCAUCAGCUAAGAUGAAUGGAACCCGUCUUUAAACGAUUGUCUUUACUCUGGACCAAGCCUUCUUCCUAGUAUUGCCGAUGUGCUGAUGAGAUUCCGAUUUCACGAGGUCGCCCUAGUUGCAGACAUCGAAAAGGCAUUCUUAAUGGUCUCUAUAUCUCCAAGUGAUAGAGAUGCGCUCAGAUUCAUCUGGCUGGAUGACAUCCACAAGGAUAAUCCAAAGGAAGUCGUUUACCGGUUUUGCAGAGUUGUCUUUGGAGUAACGUCAAGCCAAUUUCUUCUGAAUGCCACGAAAAAGCAACACCUCCAGAAAUACGCAAAUGGAAACCCGGAACUUGUUAAGGCCUUGUUAAACAGCCUUUAUGUAGAUGACAUGACAUCUGGGGAGUCAACCGUCGAAAGGGGGUUCGAUCUGUUCGUUAAUUCAAGGAAAAUCAUGGCAGAAGGCGGAUUUAAUCUUCGGAAGUGGCAGUCGAAUUCACCGCAACUACGGUGCCUCAUGCAAGGUUUCGACAAACUCUCUGAACACCAAGUGAGUCAUCAAGUAACAAAGGGCAGUUUCCGAGAAGAAGAUGACACUUACGCAAAAACCACCAUUGGAAUGGAAAAUGCAGCAUAUUCUCAGUGCGAACAGAAGGUUCUUGGAGUUAAUUGGAAUUACCUUGAAGACUGUUUGAUUUUACCACUCAAACCAUUUGUAACAAUUGAAAAGAUCUACUGCUGGACUGAUUCCACAAAUGCGCUUCAUUGGAUCAUCAGGACGAACAAGGAGUGGAAGACGUUCGUGGAAAACCGAGUAAAGGAAAUCAGGUCUUGCGUACCUCCCUCAUCAUGGAAUCAUUGUCCGGGAGCAGAAAAUGAAGCCGAUAUUCCGUCAAGAGGCACACAUGCAUCAAAGCUGAGUGAGAGUCCAGUAUGGUUUCGUGGUCCUGAGUGGUUGCAAACAAGAGAAGAUAUGUGGCCUUCACACAAGACCGAAACCGAACCACCAGCAGAAUGUCUCGAGGAAAUAAAAUCCUCUACUUUAACAAAUCUGACAGCGAUAGAAGCAUCCGCGGCUGCUAUCAUCAACUGCAACAAGUACAGCAGUCGUCAGCGACUACUAAGGGUCACCGCCUAUGUCAAACGGUUCGUUCAUAAUAUCAGCCAGAAAGAAAGGAUUACUGGACCUCUGAGUACUAAUGAAAUACAGGAAGCCGAAAUCUUGUGGAUAAAGGAGAUGCAAGGACAUUUGCAAGUAGAUGAACUCGAGAAGCAACUUGGACUGUUCAAGGACGAGAAAGGCAUAAUUCAUUGCAGAGGACGACUUGGCAACAGCCAAGCAUCAUAUGACACAAAAUUUCCUGCGCUUUUGUCACGGAAUCACCAUGUCAUGUCAUUGAUCAUUCGCUGUUGUCACGAACAUGUCAUGCACAACGGUUUACAGGAAACUUUAACAGAAGUUCGUUCAAAGAACUCGAUCCCAAAGGGGAGCCAAACUGUGAAGAAGGAACUGUUCGAAUGUAAUGUAUGUCGAAGAUUUCAAGGCCGGAGCUAUCCAGUUCCAGAAUCGCCAGAUUUACCAGAAUUUCGAGUCAGGGAUGUGCACGCUUUCAGCUGUGUAGGAGUUGACUUCGGUGGUCCUUUGUUCGUAAAAUGAACGGUGAAGGAUGACCCAGAGAUGACAAAGGUGUAUAUUGCUUUAUUCACCUGCGCCACAAGUCGAGCAGUGCAUUUGGAACUGGUCUCAAGUCUAGACGCUCCAACGUUUUUGCUCUGUCUUAGAAGAUUUACUGGACGCCGUGGUCUCCCAAAACAAAUUGUUUCAGACAACACAAAAACCUUUCAGGCCUCAGAGAAGACCUUAGUUAGUCUUUUUGAACUGGAAGACGUACAAGAGCACCUGUCCAGCAAGGGGAUAAGAUGGCAGUUCAACCUGGCGAAGGCCCCAUGGUGGGGUGGAUUUUUUGAGCGCUUAGUGAAGCAAGUGAAAUCCUGUCUGAAGAAAACACUCAGAAGAUCGAAGCUUUGAUUUGAUGAACUCACAACUAUCCUUGUCGAAGUUGAAGCAGUUCUAAAUUCAAGACCUCUCACGUACCUCUAUUCUGAAGAGCCUCUGACACCAUCGCAUUUAGUCAUUGGGCGAAGACUUCUAACUCUACCCGUGGGACCUCUUCAAAUUGAUGAUUGGGACUUUGGAGAUCAUCUAACUUCUACCAAACGUUCUUGCUAUCUUGCAGAUCGAAUUCAGCACUUUAGAAGAAGGUGGUAA